AUGUUGGAUGGAUGGUCGGAUGGUAAAAGUAGGUGUUUAAUCAACUUUCUUGUCAAUAGCCCGCAAGGUACUUGGUUCUUGAAAUUGGUUGAUGCAUCGGCCUCUAUUAAGACUAGAGAUUUGUUGUAUGGGUAUUUGGAUGAUGUUAUUCAAGAAAUUGGGGAGGAGAAUGUGGUUCAAGUUAUAUCCGACAAUGCUUCGAACUACAAGAAUGUUGGGGCAAAACUUAUGGAGAGGAAAGAGAAGGUGUGGUGGACUCCAUGUGUGGCUCAUUGCAUUGAUUUGAUGCUAGAAGAUAUUUCUAAGAUGGGAUGGUUUGAUGACACACUCAAACGUGGUAGGUGUAUUUCAAAGUAUCUAUGUGGGCAUCAAUGGAUACUAGCUUUGAUGAGAAAGUACACCAAUAAUUUGGAAAUUCUUCGUCCGGCGAUCACUAGGAUGCUUGGGAAAGGGAAAGAAUGUGAAGAGGCCGAUUGUCAAUUGGAUUUAUAUAAUGAUAAACGUGGUCCAUUUGUGGAUUCUAUGGCUAUGCAAAUUAGGAAAAAGCGAACACCAACGGCUUGGUGGGAGCGCUUUGGGCAUAAAAUACCCGAGUUAAGGAAGUUUGCUGUCCGAGUUCUAAGCCUUACUUGUAGUGCGUCGGGAUGUGAGAGGAAUUGGAGCACAUUUUCAAUGAUUCAUGCAAAAAGAAGGAAUAGGCUUGAACACAAAAGGAUUAAUGCUUUAGCCUAUGUCAAGUAUAAUUUGGCUUUACAACAGAGAAGUAAGAAAAGAAGGGAGAAGUAUGAUCCUAUUGUUGUGGAAGAAAUUGCCUCUGAUGAUGAAUGGAUAACGGAGAUAGAAGAUCCCAUUCUUCCCGAAUAUCCUACAUGGCUUGAGGAUGAGUUAUUGUAUAAUGUUGAGGCCGUAAGGAAUGUGCCACCCCCGGUUUAUGAAGGUGGCCCGUACAUUUGA